AGGAGGCGGUCGCAGCGCUCGACUUGUGCACACAAAACUCGGGCCCGGCUGGUUUAAACGGGGAUAGAAACCUUCCCGAACUCAACUCCGCGUUGCGCACAAGACGGGCGAGCUUUUUGCGAGUGGACCGCAGCGAAGAACCCUGGUAAUAAUAAACAACAUACAGACGGCGUCGACCACUUCCGGGAUUCCGCCAUUACAGGGGGCACUGUUUCUGCACUUCCAACACACAAUGUUCGAGGAGGAGUCCAAGGAGAUGAGGGUGCACCAGGACGCAGCAGCAGGAGGAGGAGGGUCCUUCCCGGAUGAAAACAUGGCAGCCCUGACCUCCAGCAGCCUGUUGGCCCGCUCCCUGCUGGGCCACGGCGCCGCCGUCAAGCGCAAGGAAAGCCCGGUGGCGUGCGGCGUCCGACGCAAGCGGGAAUUCAUCCCCGUGGACAAGAAGGACGACGGCUACUGGGACAAGAGGAGGAAGAACAACGAGGCGGCCAAGCGUUCGCGGGAGAAGCGGCGCGUGAACGACAUGGUCCUGGAGAGCCGCGUGCUCGCCCUGCUGGAGGAGAACGCCCGCCUCCGCGCCGAGGUCCUGGCCCUCAAGUUCCGCUUCGGCUUAGUCAAGGACCCGUCCGGCGUGACCCCGCACUAUUACCUCCAGCCGGCGCCGCCGAGAGACGCCGGCAACCUGUCGGAGGACUCGGGGUUCUCCACGCCGGGCGGCUCCAGCGUGGGCAGCCCCGUCUUCUUCGACGACCGGCUCAGCGACCACGGGAAGUCGUCGCCACCGCUUGCGGAGGAGGCGGCCUUCGACGCCUACCACUGCCCCUCCGCCGCCGAGGUGGACCAGGCCGAGGCCAUGAAGAACCUCCCGCACAAGCUGCGCUUCAAGACGUCUGGGAACAGCGAGGGCGCCGAGGCCGCGCCGCCGCCCGCCUCUGACAGUCACAGACCCGUCGAAACGGGGGACUCCGCUCACUGGCUCCCCCCGCAGGGCGCCACAAACUCCAGCCUCCAUAUUCCCGUCAAGUACGAAAACAACUACCUGAAGUCUCAGCUCAGCUGCCUGAGCCAGGAAGUGGCCCAGCUCAAGAAACUUUUCACCGAGCAGCUCCUGUCCAACGCAAACUGACAUGUGACCCCGCCCCUUUUUACACAGGUCCACCAACUCAGAAAAAAACCCAUAACAACCAACAUUAAAAGGCAGUAGCGCAGUAGGGCCGAGGAUUCAUUAAAAACAGGGCCACACAGUUUGAACAGUACCACUGUGUUUGAAGUGAUUCUAUGAGGUAACAAAUAAAUAACCUGCUGUUUAAUGCCGAGUUAAUCACUCAGGCACGGAGCUUCCUGUUGUUGAAUAACUGAUGCACUGUGACCACAACAAGACACGCCCACUUUUUCGCAGUCAUGACCCGAGACGAGACACGGGGGAAGAAGGUAGCAGGAACAAACUUUGUGGAGUUCGCUUUAUCGCCGUCUUCGUCAAUGCACUGGAAGUGUUUUUUUGUUUUGUUUUUGGCGUAUUUCUGUCCGUGUUAUGUUGGAAUGUUGUCUUUUUUUUAUUCUUGGAGAAAUAAACUACUUUGACAUUCA